CUUUCCAGUGGGGUGGUGGGGCGCUAGAUUCGCGGCUUGUGUGGCAGCGCGAAGAAGUGCCUGAGCCCGCGAACCUGCAGCGGAAGUGGAAGAAGAACGUUUCUAUUCUCAGAACUAUGCUGGCGGGAAGAGAAGGUGACAUGGGCAGUGGAAAGAGUACAUUUGGAACCUGGAGCCCUUGUCUCUGAGGGCAGUUUUAGGUCCUUUAAGUGUCCGGAGCUCAGAGAUGAGGCCUAGGGCAUGGAACUGUCUCUAGUUAAAGAGGCCAUGCCAGAUGUUGCUUCCAGAUCCCAUGUCAACACCAAGUCCUCAGUUGCUGGUGGCAGCUGCUCAACGGACCCUGAGCGUGGGAAAGAGACGGGGCCCAGCCUGGGCUGUCUGCCUUCACCUAGCCGGAGAGGUCCUGGCCGUGGCCCGGGGACUGAAGCCAGCUCUGCUCUAUGAUUGCAAUGGUGCAGGGACAUCGGAGAUCCAGAGCUACCUGGGAGAGCUGCAGGGCCUGGGCUUCCUGACUAAGGGACUUCACAUCCUUGACAUUGGAGGCAAUAGCCUGAUCGUCAUACCUGAACAUGUAUGUCAGCACCUGCAGCAGGUGUUGCUUGGUGCUGUAGCCUUUGUGGAUGUUUCCAGCUCCCAAUCUCACCCUUCUGUCUGCUCCCUGGACCAGCUUCAGGACUUGAAGUCCCUCGUAGCCAAGAUCAUCACCCAUCUGCAGGGGUUGCAGAGGGACCUCUCCCUGGCUGUCUCCUGCAGCAGACUCUGCUCCCCAGACUGGAAUCUCUGUACUGUGUUCGGGAUUCUCCUGGGCUACCCUGUCCCCUAUACCUUUCACCUGAACCAGGGGGAUGACAACUGCUUGGCCUUGACCCCACUACGGGUGUUCACAGCUCGGAUCUCAUGGCUUCCUGGUCAGCCCCCAGUCUCGCUCUAUUCCUUCAGUGUCCCAGAGAGCUUGUUCCCAGCCCUGAGAGACAUUCUAGACACCUGGGAGAAGGACCUUAGGACUCGAUGCAGGGCUCAGAAUGACUUUACUGACCUCAGCAUCUCUUCUGAGAUAGUCACCCUGCCAGCUGUGGCCCUCUGACUGACCCCCCUGUAGAGAGUACUCAGUAAAUAUUCGGCUCUAAGUCGGGGAUUACAAAGAGGCAUCAUCUCCAGUGUCAAUUCUGAGCAUCUUGAGAACACUGGGGAAGAAUGCUCUAGUCAACUGGCCACAUCUGUGACGGGCACGGGAACAGGUGGUGGUGGCAGCAGCAUUGGUAAUUCAUACUUGCCAUUUCUAUACUAAGGAGCCCUCUCGACUUAACUGAGAUGUCUAUUCCUUUUUCACUAGAUAGAAGGUACAAGGAAAGAGAUUGUGGAGAAGGGAAGUGAGGGGGUUGGUGGAUAAGGUCAUAAGGGGGAAAAUAGAAAUUU